AUGCCCGCUCCCGCUCGAUGGCGACUCCUCGCGCUGCCGGUCGCGCUCUUCCUCGUGGCGGGGUCGGCGCACGGCCUCGUGAAGCCGGAGGCCGCCGCGGCGCCCAAGCCCACCGUCGUCCCCAAGGCCAUCUCGGACCUGAGGGACGCGAUCGUGAAGGGGCUGGGGUUCCAGGCCGAGGGGCUCAAGGUGUCCGGAUUCGACGUGCGGGACGCGCUGGUGGGGCACGCGGUGGCGUUCGAGUUCGACAUCGAGGUCGGCAGGAAGGUCCUGCCGGUGCGCCUGCUGGAGGACGUCAGUCGGUGGGACUUCGUCGACCUCCCCAUCUUCCGUUCCCAGGCCGACGCCGACGACACGGCGCUCGCCGAGAUCAGGCGGGGCGGGAGGGGCAGCGUCGUCGAGCCUACCCUGCCUCCCUUCCAGCUCGCCGGGCCCAUGGAGCUCUGGAUCCAGGACGGCGACGACGUCAGGCUUGCCUUGCCGCAUGAUGUGGACGCUGGUACCUUGAAGAAGGUUGUUCUGUCCGAUGGUGCAGUCGUGACAGUGAAGGGUGCCAGAGCUGUGAGCCUCCGGUUGCCACUUGAACUACCACUUCCUCUCAACCGUACCACUUACAUGGGUCGCCUCUCGAGCCUACUAUCCAUUGCACAAGCCCUGCGUGGUGCAGCCCGGUCUAAUCAGAAACCCCUGCUCUCUCUUCGCAUUGAGGGCCCAACCUCCUUGUCCUCGACUCCUUCCAUGUCUCCCAAGGACAAGCUCAAGCUCAAACGGUUGGCCCCAGGCCAAGUGGAGCUCUCCUCACGGGCGGGGGCAAUCCCUGCUAUCGCUGAAGACGAGGAUGAACCACAUAACUCUGGAUUGUGGCCUCUUUUGUCUCUGAAUGGAUCAGAUGGCAGUCUGCAGGGAUUUGAGGAGCUAUUGGCCUCGGUACUUGGAAAGAAAGCAGGCGAGAAAGGUACCUUCAAGCUACUGAAGGCACGGGCCUCGGCUCAAACCUAUGUCAAGAUGGCAUUCGCGGUGGAGAAGAAGCUUGCUGAAGGGGAGGUGAACUGGUCAAAUAUUCCGGAAUGGAAGACGAAGCCCAAGAGGCUGAGAGCACACUAUGAAGUCCUUGCUCGAGUGGAGGAGGGUCAGGCGAUCCCUGAGAGGAUCGCGCAGGUGCAGCCUUUCCAGGCCGACGAGGCCAUGUCGGAGAGUGUGCUCACCGGCAACGUCACGAGGUCGAAGAUGGAAAUCGUCCAUCCACCGCCGGUUUAUUUCACUUUGUGA